CCCAGUCGCCGCCACCGCGGCUCGGUCGCCCCAGCUCCCCGCCGUCCGGGGCUAGGAUGGAGGCGGCGGGCCGGGCGCAGGAACGCGCCGCGCCGCGCUUCGUCUACGUGACCCGCUUCGGCUCGCACCGCUGCGGCAGCGUCUUGUGGCUGGGCCGCCGGCGGAGCGCGGCCUCCGGAGAGCCGCGGGGAGCGGACGCGGCGCGUCCUCUGAGCGGCGGAGAGCGGCCUCCCGACCCCCGCGCCCCUCAGCCGUCGUCCACAGGUUUAACCCAGGAGAACUUAUCUAAAAAGUUUGAUUUCCCCAUACCUUUGAGUGAAGCUUCCAAAAAAACAAAGAAAAAGAAAAAGGAUUCAGCAUGGAAGAGUGUACACAAAGUCAUUUCCAGAAUGCUUAAAGAAAAUGAAAAAUGCAGACUCAGGCUGAAGUGUCAACAAUCAUCUACUGAAAAUAAGAGAGAUCAUCUGGUAUUUGUUCUUCUGCCUCUGAUUUAUUUCACUUAACAUGAAGCCCUUCAGUUCCACCCACAAUGCAGCAGACUUGCAGGAUUUCAUCUUUUCUUACGCUGCAUAGUGUUCCAAUGUGUAUACAAUGCCACGAAUUUUAUUGGACAGAGACCGCUUGGAUGCUCAUGAUUCCUGCCUAGAUGGGCAACAGAGAACAAGCAGAGUUGUUGGGGCAGAGUGGUCUGCGAGAGAGUCAGGGAGGAGAAUAGUCCACACCUGCUGUUCUGAUAGAUAUGAGAAGAAAGAGAUACGAGCUGUCCUCCAUUUUCUGGCUGGAAUAA